CGCCCCGAGCGCAGGCCGACUCCCCGCCGCCCCGGGAGCCAUGUGCUCCGACUAGGUCUGGGCCGCGGGGGAGGCUGCGCGCUUUGUGUGAACUGCUGGGAAUGCGGCGUGAGUGCGCGGCCCGGGGGAGUGUCGGGAUGAGCUGGGGGAGUUGUCAGAAAGUUCGUGCGGGAGCGGCUGCAGGUCGGCGUCGAGGAGGGUGGAGGAGGGUGCACCGGGUGCCCUGUCGUGAGGGUGCUGCCACAGGCCAGUUGGGGCUUGCCCAAGGUCCAGCCUAGCCCCUAGACACCAUGUCAGACAGUGAUCUGGGUGAGGAUGAAGGCCUCCUGUCCCUGGCAGGCAAGAGGAAACGCAGAGGAAACCUGCCCAAAGAAUCAGUGAAGAUCCUCCGGGACUGGCUGUACUUGCACCGCUACAACGCCUACCCCUCAGAGCAGGAGAAGCUGAGCCUUUCUGGACAGACCAACCUGUCAGUGCUGCAGAUAUGCAACUGGUUCAUCAAUGCCCGGCGGCGGCUUCUCCCAGACAUGCUUCGGAAGGAUGGCAAAGACCCCAAUCAGUUCACCAUCUCCCGCCGAGGGGGUAAGGCCUCAGAUGUGGCCCUCCCCCGUGGUGGCAGCCCCUCGGUGCUGGCUGUGUCUGUACCAGCCCCCACCAAUGUGCUCUCCUUAUCUGUGUGCUCCAUGCCACUCCACUCAGGCCAGGGGGAAAAGCCAGCAGCCCCUUUUCCACAAGGGGAGCUGGAGCCCCCUAAGUCCCUGGUGACCCCUGGCAACACACUCACCCUACUGACCAGGGCUGAAGCCGGAAGCCCCACAGGUGGACUCUUUAAUACACCUCCGCCCACACCCCCGGAGCAGGACAAGGAGGACUUCAGUAGCUUCCAGCUGCUGGUGGAGGUGGCACUACAGAGGGCUGCUGAGAUGGAGCUUCAGAAGCAGCAGGACCCAUCGCCUCCCUUACUGCGCACUCCUAUCCCCUUAGUCUCUGAAAACCCCAAGUAGGCAUCUGCCAAAAGGGGUGCUCGAGGCUCGAGCCAGCUGUCCUGGGUUUCCGUUUUGGUUCCCUUUCAUACAGAGGGUUUUCUUUGGGUCACUGCCAAACAUCGGGGUCAUCGCCUCUGUCCAGAGGUCCUCAGCGGGAAGACACCAGUCAGUGUCACUGCACUGUGAUGGGGACCUCUCUGCUAACUGCCAUUUCUCCAGGCCUCAGUGAUGAGAUUGAGAUUGGAGACAGGCAUGGUGCUGCUGCUGCUUCUCCAGAGGAUCCCCAGGACACCUUUGUUCCAGCCUGCUUUCUGAGGCUGGGCACAGGAAACCUGCCACAUUCAGACCUAUGCCCCAGAGCUGGGCCUCUUUUUGUUAAGCCAAGUAUGGACAUUCCAAGUUCAUAAGUGUGAACAAAAGAGAAGAGGAACCCAGCAGAUGUAACAGAACUGACUCCAGUUCAAUGUUUAGGUUUUCACUAAACUUUGUGUUUAUUUUUCCCUUUUUUGCUGGGGUUUGCAUUAAUGGGAGUAGUUAGCCCAGGUGUGGGGAGUGAGAGUGUUGUGUAAUGAGAGUCUGAUGAACUGGGAAUUAUGCACCACUGCAACUGGUGAGUGUUUUACAAGGAAGGAGCAUUUUUAUUUUGGGGACCAGCUGAAUAUCUGCAAAAUUCCAAAUGGCUGUUUUAUUGUUGGUUUGAUUUACAAAAAGAAAGAAAGGAAAAAAAAAACUUUUAGGGCUUUGGCUUUUCUGCAUCAGGGACAGAAGGGAAUAAAGCCUUCUAAAGAAUAAAGAAGAGGGUCCAACACAGAAUCUGACCAAACCUUCUAAGCAAAAAGCAGAGAAGGAUGAUAAAACCAGAGGUGGUUUUUGGCUUGGUUUGUUUGUUUUGUUUUUUUAAUUCUUGUUUUUACUCUGUUUGGGGGUAUAGGGGAAGUAAGCUAGACCAAGGCAAUGGGUUUGGGUGUUUUGUUUUGUUUUGUUUUCUCUUUAAUGUUUUCCCUUCUUUAUCCUUGAAAGCUUGGCCCUGCAGCCUGAGUUUUGAAUUCCUUUAAGAACUUGGAUUAGUGGGGCCAGAAUAUCAAAAGCUGCCAGUAGCUCCUACUUGGAGAGAAGUGAGCCACCUACUGGUCAGGAAGCCCUUGUAGCUGACUCAGAUGGGCAGUUUUUCCCAGGACAAUGGCAAGAAGCACGGAACGUGCCUCCAGCUGCACAAGAGCCAUCCUCUAUGGAGGCUGGGGCUGGAAAUCGGUUAUGAAGCCUGUCCACUGUGUCUUUGUGUUGCACCUUUCUUUAAAUUGGAGUUGCGGAGGCCUCUGCCCUGAACUUCACAGUGAAACUGAUAACCAUUGGUCUUACUCUUCUCCCUCCUCCCCAUUUUUUAAUUUGCUGUCUCAUUGCUGACAGCAAUACACCCAUCUUUAUAUAUCCUAAGAAACACUAAUCCUAGGUUACUAUUAGCCAAAAUAUUUUUGUUCUAAAUAACAUUGUUACUGGGCCAAAAGACAGGUCAGGAGCCCCUAGCCUAUAGUUUCCUGAAGUUGUCAAGUCAGGCACAAGGGGGAAAUUCCUGGAAGUUGACUGACUUUUGGGUGGGCCUAGCCAGGAGAAAGGCAGCAACGUGUGUUCUGUCCUUUCUGGGAUGAUCCCUGAAGGCUUCAGGGAGGCUACCUGACUUCUCAGUGGCUUGACCUACCCACUGCUAGGGGAAUGGGGAUUAGCUAUUUAAGGAGAGGGAGCUUUGCUCUUUGUGAGUGGGCAAGUUUCUUACGCUCUCUCUUUUGCCACCCCACCCCAUCCUUGCAUGUCCCAGGGGGAUCAGGGAUCCUCACCCUCCUGAGGCCCAGCUGGGGAAGAAAGAACAUAGCAGCUUCAAGAUUACUUGAAGCUGUUUACCCAGCCUGUUCCACCCCCACCCAUGUCUGUGAGCCCAGGUCUGGUGUGACUGUUGGAAGAUGCUUGUAGCAAGGGACCCUGGAAGUAUACUGGGCUGGGGUAGGACUUCCUUUCCCGCAGUGCACUGAGCAGAGGUGGUGAGGGGUGAGGAGCCAUGCUGCUGAAUUCUGGUUGGCAUUCCCCCCUUGUGUAAGAUGGGGAGGCUGGGGGUGGGGCAGCCUCCGCUUGGUUUGGUUGUACAAUAAACCUGGAGGAGAAGCACAGUUAUCCCAUUGAAUUAUUUGAGCAAAAAACUACUGUAAAUAACUUUUGUUUUUGUCUUUCGUUAAAUAAAGUUGUUUUUGGUUUU